UUACAAUUUACUGUAAUUUGGGUGCAUCGUUGUAAAUGAAACACGAAAUCGAACAGCGUUCCCAACAUAUUCGUCGGGGCCUCGGCAGGAGUGCACGGACCCGCAGCACUGCAUAUACAAAUAAAUAAGGAGAUAACAUGAAAACUCGGUCCGGACACUCCCAUCGUAGCCCGAGGUCGCGUCUUCUCGCCGAGGUAACCAGCACGAACGGCAAGACCACACACUCAU